UUCUUCUAUUUAAAAACUUAGCUUCACGAUUACGCAAAAAGAUAAAAAUAAAAUAAAAAAGAGAUACCAUCAUUCGUGUUGAUUUCAAUUUAUUUUCUCCAGCACAUGCUGUGUGUAAUGGCGGAACCCAGAGGAACCACAUGGUGGAGCGAGGAGUUAGCCAGUUUGAUGGAGAAUCCGUUGCCGGAACAAACCCCUUCCACGGCGUCGUUUGCGGUGAGAAAAUCCGAACAAGAACUAGUGACUGAAUCUGGAGGUGGAGAGAGUUUGAAGGAGCACGCGGUUGGGUUUUUGAUGGCUUGGUGUGAGAUACUUAUGGAGUUCGGUAGAGGCUGUAGAGACAUUAUUCUGCAGCAGAAUUUCUUGAACGAGGAUUCUUAUCUUGUGAAGAACCUUCGUGGACCUUGUUCUAACGUUUCUAAGAGAUUAAGGUUUUUGAAUGACUUUUUGCCUGAAGAUCGUGAUCCUGUUCAAGCUUGGUCUAUUGUCUUAACCGUUUUUCUUCUUGCUUUCGCAGCUAUAAGUGUAGAUUCUAAUCAUGAAACCUUAACCAAAGCGGUGAUGGUGCGUAUGCAUCCUCCUAUUGCUAGCCGCGUAUUGCUUCCGGAUGGUAGGUACCUUGCUUAUCAUGAUCAAGGUGUUUCAGCUGGCAGAGCUAGGUUUUCCCUUGUUGCUCCGCAUUCUUUUAUUUCAUCUCGGCUGGCAGGAAUUCCUGGGGUUAAAGCAUUGUUGCUCGAAGAAUAUGGCGUUCGCUUGGUCACUUAUGAUCUUCCUGGUUUUGGGGAGAGUGAUCCACAUCCCAACCGAAAUUUCAAUUCAUCAGCUAUGGAUAUGUUGCAUCUAGUCAAUGCUGUCAAUGUAACCGAAAAGUUCUGGGUGCUGUGCCAUUCAAGUGGAUGCAUUCACGCUUGGGCUUCACUCAGAUAUAUUCCUGAGAGGAUUGCAGGUGCUGCAAUGUUAGCCCCUAUGGUUAAUCCUUAUGAGUCACACAUGACUAAAGAUGAGAUGAAAAGAACUUGGGAGAAGUGGCUUCCAAGGAGAAAAUAUAUGUAUUCCUUGGCGUAUAGAUUUCCAAGACUUCUCUCUUUUUUCUAUCGGAAAAGUUUCUUGCCAGAAAAGCAUGACCGGAUUGACAAGCAAUUUUCACUUUCACUAGGGAAGAAGGAUGAAAUUCUAAUCGACGAACCUGCAUUCCAAGAGUUUUGGCAGAGGGAUCUAGAGGAGUCAGUUCGCCAGGGAAACAUGCAACCAUUUCUAGAGGAAGCUGUGCUGCAGGUAACUAAAUGGGACUUCGACAUUGAAGAACUUCGUGUGCAUAAGAAGUGCCGAACGGGAAGCUUGCUUCUUUGGUUGAAGUCCAUGUACGGUCAGACAGAAUGUGAACUUGCAGGAUACCUCGGCCGUAUACACAUAUGGCAGGGAUUGGACGAUAGGGUGGUCCCGCCAUCAAUGAUGGAAUACAUAGAAAGGGUGUUACCAGAGGCUGUAAUCCACAAGCUUCCAAAUGAGGGCCACUUCUCCUAUUACUUUUUCUGUGAUGAAUGCCAUAAGAAAAUAUUCUCCACACUUUUUGGAACUCCUCAAGGUCCAAUUGAGCGACAGGAGGAAACUGCAUUCGAGAAAAACACGGAAGAUGCUUUACAAGUAUCUGUUUCUGAUACGGAAUGAUACGAAACUGCUGGUAAACAGAGUUCGGUUUGGAUGUAAAUAACACAGGCGGCUCCUAUGCACAGUAAAGCUUCAAAGGAUAGAGUUUUCAGUAUUCAGAAGGUUUUGAACCACAAAAGCUUUUGGAGAUAUAGGUAAAAGUGUGCCACCUACAUUGUUUUUACUAACCUUCCACUGUCCCAAAUCAAACUGUAUCUUAACUGCAUUAUCGGACUUAGAGUGUUCAUCCGAUUGACGGCGGCAAAACCAUGCCUGUUAAUUAGUACCACUUAUCUUCCCCUCA